AUGCCCCACGCACCUAGAAACAGCUUCAUUGCUCCUGGCGUCUCUCGCUUCUCUCGUUCUGCUGCCUACUCCAAGAAGGCUCAGUACAAGCGUAAGCAAACCGCUGUUGCUGCUCCUGCCAAGGCUGCUGCUACCGAUAAGACUGUUGAGGUUAAGGGUGGUAAGAACGGUAACAACCGUACCGUCCCUGCUCAAAAGGCUUCUCGUUUCUACCCCGCUGAGGAUGUCCCUCAACCCAAGGUUGGUCGCAAGGCUGCUGCCAAGGUCAGUGUCCGUGCCUCCAUCACUCCCGGUACUGUUGUCAUUCUCCUCGCCGGUCGUUAUCGCGGAAAGCGUGUUGUUGUCUUGAAGCAACUCGACUCUGGUCUCCUCCUCGUCACCGGUCCCUUCAAGGUCAACGGUGUUCCUUUGAGACGUGUCAACCAAGCUUAUGUCAUUGCCACCUCCACCAAGCUCGAUAUCGCUUCCGUCUCCAUUGAUGCCAAGUUCAACGAUGCUUACUUCAAGAAGUCUGCCAAGACCGAAAAGGCUUUCCUCGAAGGCGAGCAAAAGAAGGCUGCUUUCCCCGAGUCCAAGGCUGCUGACCAAAAGGCUGUUGAUAAGGCUCUCCUCGAAGUUGUUGCCAAGACUCCUUUCCUCCGUCAAUACUUAUCUUCCAACUUUGGUUUGAACAAGGGUCAAUUCCCUCACAACAUGAAGUUCUAA